UAGUUCGUUUUCGAAAUGAAUCAUUUGAAGCAUAUUCUAGCGGGUAUCUUGAUUUGCAGUAUCCUACAAACUGCCUCUUCCAUUUCCUGCUUUUCGUGCGAACAUACGGACAGUGAAAGUGUGUGUGAGGACAACAUGUACGAAUGUGAUGCCAGUGCUGCAUCGCUUGGCAUGAUAAGGGUGGCAGCCUUCAAGCCUACAAUGCAGAUAAUCCAAUCGUCUACCUUCCGCUGCUUUGAGUUGGUGAUCCAAGACACUCCCAACGAAUUCCGGACACGGGGCUGUUCCUUCGAUACGGUUGAUGUUUGUCAGGGCGAAGUGCGCGUUGGUGUGCAGACUUCGUGCAGAUGGUGCAACGACGGUGAUGGAUGUAAUUCGGCGGGUAAAUUCCAAGUAAGCGUGCUUCUGCUUGCGGUUCUGCUGUCCAUAGGAGUGUUUCAAAAACUGUUUUGA